GAACCAAUCUCUCGUUGUCGCCGCGCGCAUCCCAGUAUCCCAAUUCCCACGGCCAGACGGCCACCCACACCCACCUCUCAACUCCGCCAAGCCAAGCUCGAUCAGCGAAACUCAGGCGAUCGGACGACGCCCCACCGAACAAGUGCAGCGCCCGGCGGCCCUCCCCCCCGGAACGAAGCUUCGGCGUUCUCGUCGUGCCGUCGCAAGUGCAGAUCAUAAGUCUAUAACAAGAAAGACAACAAAACUAUGCUGAAAGAUGUGCUUGCAUAGAAGAGACUUCUGCUGCAACACCACCAAGGGCCUGGUGGUUCUUGCGAAAGGUCUGCAGGCCUGCUCGUCUCUUGACUUCAGCGGCGAUCACCUUGCCUGCAUCUACUCCACGCCCUUCAGACUCCGACGCCACCGAUCCAUAAGGCGCAGUCCACCUGAUUGACAACAGAAAGCUAGCCCUGUGUGCAUCAUCACACAAUUUUCAUAGAGAUAAAAGAUAUGAAGACCAGAGGGAAGACUUUGACGGAGCGAUACGAGAUGGGGAAGCUGCUGGGGAAAGGCGCGUUCGGGAAGGUGCACUAUGCAAGGGACCUCGAGUCCAACCAGGGUGUUGCUAUCAAGAUCAUGGACAAGGAAAGGGUGCUCAAGGCCGGGCUCUCGGAGCAGGUAAAGCGCGAGAUCACGACGAUGCGGCUGGUGGAACACAAAAACAUCGUUCGUCUCCAUGAGGUCAUGGCGACGCGGAACAAGAUCUACAUCAUCAUGGAGUAUGCGAAAGGGGGUGAGCUCUUGGACAAGGUUAAGAGGAGCGGCAGGCUGACGGAGGCUGACACACACAGAUACUUCCAACAGCUCAUUGGCGCACUGGAUCACUGCCACAGCCGAGGUGUAUACCACCGAGACUUGAAGCCUGAGAACCUGCUGUUGAAUGAGAAUGGGGACCUCAAGGUGACUGACUUUGGACUGAGCGCGUUUUCAGAGUCGAGGAGGACAGAUGGGCUGCUCCAUACUGUCUGUGGGACACCGGUGUAUAUAGCUCCGGAGGUGAUCAAGAAGACGGGCUACGAUGGUGCAAAAUCAGACAUCUGGUCUUGUGGUGUCGUCCUGUUUGUUCUCGCUGCUGGCUACCUCCCUUUCCAGGGCCCAAACUUGAUGGAGAUUUAUCGAAAGAUAAAUGAUAGUGAUUUCAGGUGCCCUGGUUGGUUUUCACACAAACUCAAGAGGCUGCUGUACAAGAUUUUGAACCCCAACCCCAGCAUGAGACCUUCAAUUCAGGAGAUAAAAGAGUCUACCUGGUUUCGAAAAGGUCCAAGGGAGAUCAGUGCAGUGAAGGAGAAAGUUCUUAGCGAGAAUGCCACCGCCACAAAUGCUGCCCCAGUGCUUGCUGCUAGGCGCAAGGAGAUUGCUCAUGAAGAUAUGAAGCCCCUGGUUGCCACAAAACUCAAUGCCUUUGAAAUCAUCGCGUUCUCAGCAGGGUUGGACCUUUCUGGUCUGUUUAUCAAGGAGUGUAGGAAGGAGACAAGGUUCACUUCAGAUAAGCCAGCAUUGGCCAUCAUCUCAAAGCUUGAAGAUGUCGCGAAAGCACUGAAUCUCAGGAUAAGGAAGAAGGACAACAACACUGUCAUCAUUCAAGGGAGGAAGCAUGGGGGCAAUGGUGUCCUUCAGUUUGACACGCAGAUCUUUGAGAUCACACCAUCCUGCCAUCUCGUUCAGAUGAAACAAACCAGUGGCGAUCUUAUUGAGUACCAGAAACUGUUGGAAGAGGGCAUCCGGCCAGGGCUGAAGGACGUUGUCUGGGCCUGGCAUGGAGAUGAUCUGCAGCAGAAGUAGGAGUAGCUUCAGAUGUCUCCUGUAGAUUAUGUUAUACAUUCCAUUCCUUAUUUUUUAGCAACAACAUUCUCUUUUUUGUAUUGGUGGUGAUAUGAACCAUUAGGCUAUGUUUUGUUGAGCAAUAAUUGUUGAGGAGCUGAGUUGUUGUGUUACAUUCUGAAGAUUGUUACAGUUUUGUAAUGGCUGUCAAUAUCAGUAAUGAAAAUAAAUGUUGUUGAUCCUUAAAAAGGGUCGAGCUUUCUAGGU